AUGGCACCGCAAGAGCUGAAGGAGACAGACCUUCAUCAGCUAAUUACUAUCUUGCGAGACCUGUUUAACAAGUAUGACAAUACCGAUCCAGCAAGCACUACGCUACGCAGCAGCGCAGCGCGACAACAGAAACGCCCCUCCACAGUCGACUGGGUCGCUUCCGCCAUCUCGAAUACAUCACCCGAGGGCGCCGAAAUCCGGACGAUUGUAACAAAGCAGCUUGUUGUUAUACAAACUAAUCUGGGGUUCGCUGCCAUGAACGGCACUUACUCUCCGAAUAGACCGGACGUUUUAAGAUCACUCAAAGAUACCGAAAGAUGGAACUGGAUCCAGCAGCUGGAAGGCACAACCUAUGAAGCGUUAGAGGCCAUAGAUUCCGCAAUAGACAGAUUGAACAAGGUCAAAGGAGCACUACGCGACACGACAAUAAACGAACGGACGGACUGGAAACAGGCUCACAUCAAUUCCGACGCCUCGAGUACCCGCAUUCCAAUUCGAGAAACGACUCAAUCAUUCAAGAGAAAGAUCGAUUACGCAAAGUCACAGCUUGACAAGGGAAAUUACAAGGAAGCCGAGGAGCAAUACCGGGUAAUAUUAAAGCUGUCAUCCGAGUCUACGGGCAUCGGCGAGCCAUGCAUUGUUUCCAUCAAAUGUAACCUGGCAAACGCGCUCGCCAAACAAGGCCAGCGAGACGAGCCUGAGAUCCUCUAUCGCGAGGCAUUGAAACUCAGUACCGGAUGUCUCGAGGAAACGCAUCCAAAUAUACUCGCAUGCAGGAUUAAUCUUGCACGUAUGCUUGAGAUGAGAGAAAAAUACGACGAAGCGAAAGGUAUUUAUCGGGAUGUUUUACGGCUUCAAGAAGAAGCCGCGGGGCCCAGCAGUCUGUCGACGCUCUCGGCCAAAAACAGACUUGCUAAUGUACUGGUAAGGCUGAAGAUAUUCGAGGCAGCUGAGGAUAUCUACAAGGAAACUCUAAAGGCGCACGGUGACAAUGGGAGAGAGGAGCACCCAAGCGCAAUCAUCACCCUUGGCAACCUUGCAAAUGCACUGCAAAAUCAGGGGCAAUAUGAAGAGGCCAAAACACGAUACUUGGAAGCAAAGGACCUUUGUAAAAAAACUUUCAACUCUAAACAUCCAUAUCUGGAUUGGGUUACGACUCGUUUAGAAGAGUUGGAAGGUGUCGGGAAAUGA